GCCUGUUCCCUGGCCAUGCAGCAGCGCCACGAAUGGGGAUAUUGCCAGGGUGCCCCCGGGCGCCCAGGACCACAGCAUCCCGGGUGGGUCGUCCGUGCAUGUUUUGCAGCGGUGCAGUGCGCAGCAGCGCCCUCUAGUGGCCGUAGACGGCGGCGCUCCUCUGGACCGAGCAACCCGAGCGCGCUCUGGUGGGGAGCGCGUAGAACAAGGGACUUCUCGCGAGAACAGGACUCCUAUUUGAGCGCAUGCGCGAACUCUGUUAGUCUCUUUCCAGUGACUGCGGCGCUAGGAAGCAUGAGCAGCAAAGUCUCUCGCGACACCCUCUACGAGGCGGUGCGGGAAGUCCUUCACGGGAACCAGCGCAAGCGCCGGAAGUUUUUGGAAACGGUGGAGCUGCAGAUUAGCCUAAAGAACUAUGAUCCUCAGAAGGACAAACGCUUCUCGGGCACCGUCAGGCUUAAGUCCACCCCCCGCCCCAAGUUCUCUGUGUGUGUCCUUGGGGACCAGCAGCACUGUGAUGAAGCCAAGGCUGUGGAUAUCCCUCACAUGGACAUUGAGGCUCUGAAGAAGCUCAACAAGAAUAAGAAGCUGGUCAAAAAGCUGGCCAAGAAAUAUGAUGCCUUUUUGGCCUCUGAGUCACUGAUCAAGCAGAUCCCACGAAUCUUGGGUCCAGGCCUGAAUAAGGCUGGCAAAUUCCCUUCCCUGCUUACCCACAAUGAGAACAUGGUGGCCAAAGUAGAUGAAGUGAAGUCCACCAUCAAGUUCCAGAUGAAGAAGGUGUUGUGUCUGGCAGUGGCUGUUGGCCAUGUGAAGAUGACAGACGAUGAACUUGUAUACAACAUCCACUUGGCUGUCAACUUCCUGGUUUCACUGCUAAAGAAAAAUUGGCAGAAUGUCCGGGCUUUGUACAUCAAGAGCACCAUGGGCAAGCCCCAACGUCUGUACUAAGGCACAGCUCAAUAAACACUAGUGUUACUGUCA